UCUCUCUUCCCCCCUUAUUAGUUAGUGCCAUAGAAGUAGCGAGAACGGAGAGAGAGCGAGACGGGAAAGAAGCACUCUGAAACGCGAUUUCCUCCUCCUCCUCCUCUCUCUCUCCUUCGCUAGGGUUUCUUGAUCGGUUCCCAAUGAAGCGAGAUCGCACCGUCGACUACCCAAACUCUAGCUGCCUCACGGUCGCCGUUGCGGAUUCUCGAUCCGCCCAACUCUACUCUUGAGCCGAUUCGUCGGAGAGGCUGUGUUCCCCGCUGCUCUUGCCGAAUAGAGGGAGUCUCGGUAUGGUCGCGGUAUAGAUGCCGCCUUGCACGGCGGUUUUUGAUCGGGUUUGAUAAUGGAUGAGACUGCAAAGAUGGAGAGCCAUUUGUCUUCGGCUGUGACUUUUAUGGAAGGAGGUAUUCAGGAUGUUUGUGAUGAUGCAUGCAGCAUCUGCCUUGAAGCAUUCUGUGAAAGUGAUCCAUCAACGGUUACUAGUUGCAGGCAUGAGUUCCAUCUACAGUGUAUUCUUGAAUGGUGUCAGAGAAGCUCCCAAUGCCCAAUGUGUUGGCAGCGCAUCAGUUUAAAGGAUCCCACCAGCCAAGAGUUACUGGAGGCUGUAGAGUGGGAGAGGAGCUUUAAAGUUGAUAAUACAAAGACUACCACCAUAAUUCAGCAUCCAGCUUUUGGAGAUUUUGAAUUGCAUCAUUUGCGUGUUGGUGGAAGUCAUGCCGAAAUUGAAGAGCGUAUUUUUCAGCACUUAGCUGCUGCUGCUUCCAUGGGAAGGGCACACCACAUUGCUGGAAGAGAAGGUCGGGUUAGAUCAGGAUCUCAUGGCCGUCCACAGUACCUGGUUUUCUCUACAAAUUCAGAUGCAGCUUCUGUGGGCUCCAUAUCUUCUUCCUCUCCUCCAAGAGGAGAAAAUGAAGUUGCUCCUGCAAUAGUUGCUGCUAACCCAACAAUGCCCCCCGCUACUCUAGUAGGGGAAUUUUCUGAACUAACAAGUGUUGCCCCAACUCAUGCAAGUGAGGUAGCUACAUUGACAUCUGAGGCCCGCAAUAGUCAGAUGAGGUCAAGCAUUUCAUGUCCAAGGACACCUGCUAGCCAAUCAUCUCGAGUUCACCAAGUUGGACCAGGGCCAUCAGACUUCCAAUCCUUCUCAGGAUCCCUGAAAUCUCGCUUGAGUGCUGUCUCGAUGAGGUACAAGGAAUCAAUCACUAAGAGUACUCAAGGAUGGAGGGAGAGAUUAUUUUCACGUAAUGGGCCUGUGGCAGAUAUUGGUUCUGAAGUCAGGAGAGAAAUUAGCGUUGGAAUUGCUACAGUGUCACGGAUGAUGGAGCGCUUAGAUGCAAGAGAGAGAACAGCUGGUACUUCUGCCUCACCUGUUGCUGAAGGGUGCUCAGUUGUAGAACGAAGUAAUGAUGGUGAUAUUGUCAAUCAUGCAAGUGCUCAUGCAAACAAUGGCACUACACCAUCUUCUUAGGUUACAGGCCCCAAUUAAGCUAUUUUUCAUUUUGAAGGAUCCGAGCGUGCUCCAGCUUUCAACAUUAAAGGGGUAUCCCAACAAUGGAAUAAGCUGCGGUUUGGUCUACACGUCGGCGUGCAACAACGACAAGCUGAUGUGCUGAUAAGGGUUCAAAGGUAGAACCGCUGAUAGUUUGCUGAUUGAUAUGGUUCUCGUUAUGGUGAUAUGUGCGUCUGUUUUAUUUUUCUUGUUGUGUCACUGCUUUCUGAUAAUUCGAAUUGGUGGCUGAGGCCGUCACUUGUUGUGUCA